AUGCAGUCGUUGGUUAUUCCCGAGAAGUUUAACCACAUUUUGCGAGUCAUGAAUACCAACAUCGAUGGCAAACGCAAAGUGAUGUUCGCUUUGACGGCCAUUAAGGGAAUCGGUCGCCGUUUCUCGAACAUAGUCUGCAAGAAGGCUGACGUGGAUCUCAACAAAAGGGCCGGAGAGCUCACCGAAGAGGAGGUUGAGAAAUUGGUGACAAUUAUGACGAAUCCGAGACAAUACAAGAUUCCCGACUGGUUUUUGAACAGACAAAAGGACAUCAAAGACGGGAAGUACUCUCAGGUGACGAGUAAUGCGUUGGAAAGUAAACUCCGCGAAGACUUGGAACGGCUGAAGAAGAUUCGCGCCCAUCGGGGGCUCAGACACUACUGGGGACUUCGAGUGAGAGGACAGCACACGAAGACCACCGGCCGAAGAGGUCGUACAGUCGGUGUCAGCAAAAAGAAGGGCUAAUCGUUUGUGGCGUUUAUUUUUGUACACAUUUUUUGGGCAAUUUUAUAAUGUAAUGAAUGAUUGAUUGUAACACCAAUUAAUUGUAUUUUGUGUCCAAAAAUGGGUGAAUAAAUGAAUUGA